GUCAAUGUUUACAACUCUCACCUUCAGACUCGCAUACGAAUAGGCCUAGGUUUCAAAAUGCUGCCGCGUAGUUUGUUACGCCUGUCACUCCGUUGUGAGAUCAAACGACAAUGCAGGCGACGGUUUCACGUGGAUGAGGCGGCACCAAUAGGAACACGGCCCGAGACAUCGUCCUCGGAGUACCAGGAAAACUAUGUGAGGAUGCAGGCUCUGGUCCAAGAUUUACGGGACAAGGUCUCCACUGUAAUGCAAGGAGGAGGGCCGAAAGCUGUAGAGAGACAUUUAUCUCGUGACAAAAUGCUUCCACGUGACAGAAUUAACACCCUUCUUGAUCCUGAGUCACCAUUUCUGGAGCUAAGUCAGAUGGCUGGAUACAAACUUUAUGGGGAAGAGGAAGUACCAGCCGGUGGCAUCAUCACAGGGAUUGGUCGUGUAGCAGGAGUGGAGUGUCUGAUAGUUGCCAAUGAUCCCACAGUGAAAGGUGGUUCCUACUAUCCUGUGACUGUCACAAAACACCUCCGAGCACAGGAAAUAGCUCAACAGAAUUGUCUCCCUUGUAUAUAUUUAGUUGACUCUGGAGGAGCUAAUCUACCUCGUCAGGCAAAUGUGUUUCCAGAUCGGGAUCAUUUCGGCCGCAUCUUUUUCAACCAAGCCAGAAUGUCCUCCAUGAGAAUUCCACAGGUGGCUGUAGUGCUGGGUAGCUGUACUGCGGGCGGGGCCUAUGUACCAGCUAUGGCAGACGAGAGUGUCAUUGUCCGUAAAAAAGGCACCAUCUUCCUAGGAGGCCCUCCACUGGUGCGGGCUGCUACAGGGGAACAGGUGUCUGCAGAGGAUCUAGGUGGGGCUGACCUUCACUGUAGUAAAUCUGGAGUAACUGACCACUACGCUCAGAAUGACCAGCACGCCCUACACAUAGCUCGGCGUAUCAUCAAAAACAUCAACUACAAAAAGGACCCGGGGGUGACGGUGGAGCCUCCAGAGGACCCAGUACAUCCCCUGGAUGAGUUGUAUGGAAUUGUUGGUGACAACCUAAAGAAAACAUUUGAUAUAAGAGAGGUGAUUGCCCGUGUAGUUGAUGGAAGCAGGUUCGACGAGUUUAAGGCCAUGUAUGGCGAAACUCUUGUCACAGGAUUUGCCCGUCUGUGGGGUUACCCAGUGGGGAUCAUAGGCAAUAAUGGAGUGCUCUUCUCUGAGUCUGCUCUCAAGGGUACCCACUUCAUUGAACUGUGCUGUCAACGCAACAUUCCGCUCAUUUUUCUACAGAACAUUACGGGUUUCAUGGUUGGUCGAGAAGCUGAGGCAGGAGGUAUAGCCAAGAAUGGUGCUAAGAUGGUGACUGCUGUGGCCUGCGCCAAAGUUCCAAAGUUCACUGUCAUUGUUGGUGGGUCCUAUGGGGCAGGCAAUUAUGGGAUGUGUGGAAGAGCAUAUGGGCCCCGAUUUCUGUACAUGUGGCCGAACUCUAGGAUUUCUGUGAUGGGAGGAGAACAGGCAGCCAAUGUUCUGGCUCAGAUAACAAGAGAACAACGACAGCGCGAGGGCAAAGAGUGGUCUGAGGAGGAAGAACAGGCAUUAAAGGCUCCAGUCAUUCGGAAGUAUGAAAAAGAAGGUCACCCUUACUUCUCUAGUGCCAGGUUAUGGGAUGACGGAGUGAUAGAUCCGGUAGACACACGCACUGUUCUAGGACUCAGUAUUAGUGCCUCCCUAAAUGCACCUCAGGAGAAGACUAGGUUUGGUGUGUUCAGGAUGUGAAACUGGCACCCAGAAGUAACAAUUAUAUAUCAGCAAAGCAUGUGUCCUUAAAAAUUCAAUUUUCUACUGUUCAAUAUAUACUUGGCAUAAAACAGGAGAUAUUGUAAGAAAUCAUGCCAUUUGCUGUUUUUAAACUGUGUGUGAAGAGUGUGAUAGGUCCUAGGGAACCGUUUGAAGGAGACUUGACCGAAGUGAUUCAAUAACAGGUUCGAGAAUUUGAGCUGUGGACUGUGAGCAUGUCAUCAAGAUUUACUGCUGAAUGAAGUUUCCUGACUAGAAAGUAAUUUGAAAAGUGACUUAUUGUAUUGAUCUGGAAAUCAUGAUUAAAAAUUUGCUAUUUAUACAAGAACAUAAGGAUAUAUAAUAAUUAAAACACCCAGUGAGCUGUUGUAUCUCUUCUUUUAUUUAACAGUGAUAUAUCUCCAAAUUUGAUUUUGCGCUUUAUUACAGGUUCUGUGAUUGGUUAAUAAUAGUACAUGUGACCCAAAACACAGCUGUUAAUAUUAGUAUGAACGACUGUAUUUCCAAAUCCCCAUUUUCAGUGAGCAAUUUAAUUGUCGUUCGAGUUGUCUCAUCACAUAAACUAAACUUGCCAUGAAAAAAAUUGCAAGAUCUAAGUUGUUUAUCAUUAUUUUUUGAUUAUUAGCUCACCUGGUCCGAAGGGGUCAAUUUGGCUAUAUUGCUUUAAGUGAC